UUGAUAUGGGGGGGCUGGGUUGCAGACGGAGCAGAAAGGGGUUCUGUCGCCAAAGACUGAGAGGGUCGGGAGCAGAGAACGGCUGUGUGAGCCCCGGGUCGGAUUCGACCCCAGAACCCUGGGCAGCCCCCGCUGGGUAAUGCCAGGAGAGUAGAGUCGUUCGUUCCCACUCUCUGCCCUUCCAAGUCCCAACUGUAAAGCGGGGCAUUGGCCUGGGACGUUUUCAAGGGCCCUCCAGCCCUGACAUGCUGUGAUUCUUCUAAGCCUGUGUGAGUUGUCUCAUGUGGAUCAAGACUCCUGGCAAAAGGAAAAAUAACUCCAUAACAGGGGAUCCGCUAAAGCUCAGCUCUAGAAUGGACGCCCCCUACCCGCCCCCAACAAAAAGUUUCAGAUAACCCCAAACACUAGGAUCCGGUGCAUUUUAACUGUUAACUCUUUCGAGUUUAUUUAUUUCUUUAGUAACAAAGGUAAUUGAUUAGAGUUAGUGCUGGGGAGAAAAAAAAGUGUUCCUGGGUCAUUUGUCUUUUGGAGGAAACGUAAAUUCAUAAAUCCUCUAAGAAAUAAAACUCUCUUCAUUUCCCAAGUAGGCAGAUCUUCCCAAGUUUUUCUUCAACCUAAAUCUUUGCCCUUAGCUACCUAACAUCAGUGGCUUUCUUUUCCUGAGAGCCAUAUAAUCUUUCAAUAAAGGGAGAAAAGAAAGUUCCACUCUUCCUGUGAAAGAUGUGCCCAGGAAGAAAGAUAUUUAGAUUUUAUUUUGAGAGGGUUUUUAAUCUGAAACAGAAUUUUUUAAUAGCCUAGUAAAGUAUGUAAGAUAAUUUAUAAACUAGGUGUUACACAAAUGAUGAUGCUUGAAGUUAUCUCUGGUUGGGAAAACGAACAUAAGAUCUUCCAGUUACACCAUGGAAUGUACUACAUGUGGGUGAUUCAGAGGCUGGCUAAUCUUUCCCCACCUCCCCUCAAACAGUAGCAUUAACAAUCAGGAUUGUAUUUCUAACAUUCGUGGCUUGAAAAAUAAUGCGUGUUAGGGUGAUCGAUUCACAUGCUAGUUCUUACCGAAAUAAGGUAACAAGGUGUGCAGUGAUCAUUAGCCAUUGGAGGUGCCAAAGCACAUUCCAGUUACAGCCUCCUGGGGACUCUUCUAAAAUGCCCAAAUGCGGUGUGCCGCUGAGCUCCCAUCUUCUCCUCUGCCUCACCCCUGCCCUCCCCAGAAUGCUCCGCCUCUAAUCAGCAGCCUCCCCAGGCUGGCCUCCGUAGGAGACAGAUACACCGCCCUGCAUGCCUCUCCUCCCCCCACUUCCCAGGGACAGUCCUUGCAGGGGGGUGUUUGUUGUGCUGACCUUGUGAUCGAGUGACCCAGAGAAGGACACUGUGUGCAGUCACUGGAGUUUUCUGGCCUCCUUUGUCUGCAUCCGUGUCCAUGAGGAGGCCAGGGGAAGGGGAGAGAGGAAGUGGGAGAAACGAUUAUGAGGACAUGCAGGACAAGAGAUUGCAGCUGCUUUGGUGACAAAGAAUAACUGGACUGGCGUUUCCUUAAAGAAAUUGUUUUAAAUCAAAGGUGAGCCUGGUGUUCACAGCACUCUAACCAACCUCUCCUCUCUCCUCCGAGAGCACCUCUUCAAGGCCAGGGCUGCGGGCUCUGGACACACAUACACCACAGCCAAAUGCCUGGAGGUCUGAACCCUGCUUCUGCUCAAGGAUCACAGUUGCAAAUAGAAAUUAUAAUAGUUCUAGCUCAAAGGGUUUCUGAGUUUGAAAUAAAUUAGUGUGUGCUUAGAACAGUGCCCAGAAUCGCAUGCAACUUUCUCAGUGUUUCCUUCCAGGGCGUUUCCAUUUCUAUUCAGCUGGAGGGCUGCCCUCCUUCCUCACUGCCACUUCAAUUCGUGCCAUUCUGAACCAAGAUCACACCUUGUCUCCUCAGGGAAGCCGGGGAGAGUUACCGGAUUUGCGUUUGUAAAGAUGUCAUGGAGAAUCUAAGAAAGUGCAGAGGACUCAAGGGAAAAAAAAAAAAAAAAAAAGUCCUUCCUGGGAAAGCUGCCAUUUAUCAAAUCCAACUCAAUAAACACCACUUUGUACACUAUUUCAUUUAAACUUUAAUGGCCCCAAGGUUUCUGAGGUGGUGGUGGCGGCCGCAGCGACACCUCUGGAGGUGGCUGCGGUGCUUGGAUGCACGCCCUUCCUGCCUUUGAGUCAUUCUUACUCUUCAAAGAUGAAAAGAUCACCAUCCACAAGGACACCAAGGCACCCAAUGCCUGUUUGUUCACCAUCGACAAGGAAGACCACACGCUAGGAAAUGUUAUUAAAUCGCAGCUGUUGAAGGACCCCCAGGUGCUUUUUGCUGGCUGCCAAGUCCCCCACCCCUGGGAGCACAAGAUUAUUGUCCCAGUGCAGACCACACCAGACUACACCCCCCAGGAGGCCCUCCUCAAUGUCAUCACAGACCUCAUCAGCAAGCUCUCCCUGCUGGAAGAGCGAUUGCGGGUGGCCAUCAAAGACAAGCAAGAAGGAAUCGAGUGUUGGACGGGAAGGGGUCCUGCUUGGCCAGGUCCUGCCCUGACCCUGGCCCUUCUGCAGGCACCAUGUGGAUGAGAGCACUUCCUCCAGCCGUGGGCCUCCUGUAGGUUCCAGUGAACCCCUCACCCCUGGCACAGAUUCACAGAUAUGUCCUGUACAUAGAAUGUUUUGUUUUCCUAA